AGAGGCAGGGCUAGGACAACUAUCCUGGAAGUGAUCAAGCCUGUGCCCCAGCCCAAGCUCCUGGAGAUCUCUAACCAGAACAGUUCUCACAUCAAGCUGAUCUGCCUCCUGCCCAAUGGAACCAUGGCUGCUGUCUCCUGGAAGAAAGAUGGACAUUCCCUUAUCCCACAAAAUUAUUAUUAUCAGCUCACUCAGAACUCCACUGAAUUGUGGAUAAGGAAGGGAGGGAGGUCAAACUGUGGCUCCUACUCCUGCAAUGUCAGCAAUGCUGUAAGCUGGAAUGUGGCAACCGUCAACCUCACAAUAACAGGUCUCUCGCCUCCUCUCCAUAAUGCAUUGAGGAUGACAGUGGCUGCACUGGUUUUCGCUGUCAUUGCUGCCAUCAGCUUUGUUAUCCAGCUCGUGAAGCCAGGGGCGCACAGACUCGGAAAAGAAGCAUGGACAUGGCUAACUAAACCCAUCAUAGGGCUGCUGGGCAUCUCAAGUCUCCUCCUGUUUGUCACCUCUGUCAUCUGGAUGCGGGAAGAAGGUCCUUCUGCUGCCUUCAUCCUGCAUGGGCUUUACUUCCUUGCUGCAGUCAUGAUUAUGGUGAUGAUUGCUGUGAUCUCUCUGUGCAGACCAGAAGCACUCACCCAGCGUCCAGCCCAGACCUGCCCCCGUGUCAUCCAGCACAGCACACCCAUGACAAUGGCAGCCAACUUGUCAUUCUCCUGCCUCUUGCUCCACAUCUUCCAGCAGGUCCAUGAGCGUGGCUGCUCGGAGCCAGUUAAUGUGAUUUCCAGCUGUGUCCUUGCUGUACUGGGAGCUCUCCUGCUGCUGCUGCUCUUCUUCCUCCAGUAUUACAAGAAGAAGAUGGAUGCGAGCACACGGACAAACACCCAAGGGAAAGCAGAUGAUCGAGGCUCAAACCAAGACAAGAAGAGCAACCUGUCCCUUCAGCAUCCUGGAGACAACAUCAGGCAGGAUCCAGGCUGAAAAAAAGGCAGUAAGGCACUGCAAGCUCUGUCUGCUCUCUAGCAGAGCUUGGGGCAAAAAUUCAGCCAAAAAAGAGGGAGGGAGUAAAAGAAGAUACAUGUUGCUGACUUAGCUGUCCCAGCUAUGAUGUAUUGCUAUUUGUCACUGAUUGGGCCAGUACUUUUUGACUUCAGAAGAUUCCUAACCUGUUUUGCUUUCCACUUCCUGAGCUGCAUUCUUGUUGUCUUAUUGUAUGGUGCCUUACAGCUACAGCCAUUGUGAGCUCCAGCACUGACCUGUGUGCCUUAGCGGUAGAACUCUAUAUGGCUUUUAAAGUGUCUGCGACCUCAAGUGCCCUGAGCUGAUUUCCAUUCCGCUAACCCAGCCCUGUCCCACCUAGUGUGCAAUGUGCAUUGUCUGGGCUGACGCCAGGCCAAGGCGAGGGUGCAGCGCUAACUCAAGUUACAGCAAGUAAUUGUGUGCAUCCUGUUACAUUGGUUAAAGACAGUCCUGUGAACGGUGAAAAAUAUGCAGCUUUGCUUUCAGGUUUGAAAAAGAAAUUUGAGAAUAGGCUUCAAGAUUGCAAAAAAAUUAUCAACAUUUGAAACUCCAUUUUCAGUCGAUGUGAAUUCAUUACCUGUGAAUUUUCAAAUGGGGUGUAUUGAGUUACAAUCAGACAUUAAGCUCAAACAGUCUGAUGCCUGAUGCAUCAGUUUCACAAAGCCAAGGUCAUGUAUCCAAAGAGUUUUAUGGUUUUAUUGCUUGCUUCUUAACAAUGUUGUAAUGUUUGAAAAGUUGAAAUAAAUUUUGUUUCCUAUA